ACGAUGGAGAGCGAAUAUUCGACCGUUCAACUUUUUGUGAGACCAAUCAACGCCCAAGCCAAGCACGAUGAAGUGCAGGAAUUCUUUUCAGAAUGUGGUCCGUUGAGAGAGCUCAGACUCAUGCCAGGCUAUGCCUUUGUCGAAUACGAAACCCCAGAAAUCGCCGAAAAGGCCUUCAACGAACUGGUGGAGAAGACGUUCCAGGGUGAGCCUUUGCAAGUCGAGUACGCUAAACACAAGCCAGAGUACGCGAAGAAGGGUGAAAACAGAGUGAAGGUUAGCAGUUUGCCAAUCCACACCUCAUGGCAGGAUUUCAAGGACUUUUUGCGUGAAGAAAUCCACGUCCAGCCAACUUUUGUUCGUAUCCCUAUCGAAGAGCCGACCGUUUGCCAUUUAGAGUUUGCCUCCAAGGAAGAGAUGGAAACUGCUAUUGCAGCAAUCAACGAAACCAAGUUCAAGGAUGCUGCCAUUGUUGCUGAAGAAGACACCUCUCCUUAUAUCGCAUCUGCUUCAAGACAGGUUGUCCAACGUCGUGGCCGUGGUGGCUACUUCCGCGGAGGACCAGGUCGUGGCUACUACCGUGGCGGAUUCCGUCCAGUCCACAGAGGUGGUUACGGCGGUGGCUAUAUGCCAAGAGGUAGAGGCGGUUACAUGCCAAGAGGCAGAGGAGGCUACAUGCCAAGAGGAGGUUAUGCCCCAAGAGGCGGUUACCCUCCUAGAGGCGACUACGGUCCAAGAGGCGGCGAUUUCGGCGGUGCUCCUCCUCCUAGAGGUGACUACGGUAUGCCGCCUGCUCCAGGUGCUGAAUUCAGAGAAGGCCCACCACCUCCAAGAAACGAUUACAGAUCAAGCAGAGAAGAUGGUGGUGAAUAUUCAGGUGACAGAGAUUUCAACAGGGACAGAUCUCCAGGUAGAUUUUGA